CGUUCUGCUAUGAUUUUAAGCUAUUUUGGAUCCCAGAAUUGCGCUAAAGGGUAAACCAGCAGUCCUGCCCCCUGCACAUGAACCACUAAUCUUCAUGGUGGAUGAGCAGAAUGCUGCUUCCUCUAAAAGCCUCAGAAAAUGAACGCCACUCUGUGUGACUCUUGGGCGAUCAUGUAUCACCUGACAACGGACCACGAACUGAAUGCCAACUGCUCCUCGCCCUCUUCCAACUGGACAGUGUGGGAUGAUGCCCUGCAGCUGCCUACAUUCACCAUAGCAGCUAAAGUCAGAGUGAUUAUUACCUUCAUUCUCUGUGGCAUAUCGGCCUUUUGCAACCUAGCUGUGCUGUGGGCGGCAUGCAGCGAUGGGAAGCGUAAAUCCCACGUCAAGGUGCUGGUAAUCCACCUGACGGUUGCUGAUCUGCUGGUCACCUUCAUCGUGAUGCCUGUGGACGCCGUGUGGAACAUCACAGUCCAGUGGCUUGCUGGGGACUUUGCCUGCAGGCUACUGAUGUUCCUUAAGCUGCAGGCGAUGUACUCAUGCGCCUUUGUCACUGUGGUGAUCAGUCUGGAUAGGCAGUCAGCCAUACUCAACCCCCUGGCUAUCAGUGAGGCCAGAAAGAGGAACAGAGUCAUGCUGACUGUGGCGUGGGGUAUGAGCGUCGUGCUGUCAGUUCCUCAGAUGUUCCUUUUUCACAAUGUGACCAUCAUCCUUCCCGAGGUCUUCACUCAGUGUACCACACGUGGAAGCUUUGUCACUCACUGGCAUGAAACAGCCUACAACAUGUUCACUUUUUCCUGCCUGUUCCUGCUUCCUCUGGUCAUCAUGAUCACCUGCUACACAAGGAUCUUCUGCGAGAUCUCCAAACGACUGAAAAGGGACAACUUGCUCUCCAAUGAAUUGCAUUUGCGUUGUUCGAAGAACAACAUCCCCAGAGCCCGGAUGAGAACUCUAAAAAUGAGUAUCGUGAUCGUCUCGUCUUUCAUUAUCUGCUGGACUCCAUACUACCUGCUGGGCCUGUGGUACUGGUUCCUCCCCAACGAUCUUGAGGGGAAGGUCUCCCACUCACUGACCCACAUCCUGUUCAUCUUUGGGCUCGUCAACGCCUGCCUGGACCCACUCAUCUACGGCCUGUUCACCAUUCACUUCCGAAAGGGGCUCCGGAGGUUUUACUGCAAUGCCACCACAGUGUCCGACCUAGACAACAACACGGUUUUAACUGGAUCUUUCACUUGUGCUGCCAACUCUUUGCCACUAAAAAUAAAGGUGAGCCCUGCCAUCCAGGAGAGGUUCAUGUUGUGCAGUGAUGACCACAGCAAAACAGAGUCGACUUCACCAAGAAGCAGCUUUUUAACAGCAGACACUGAUGCAGAGAGAGAUAAAAACCAGUCCAGCCCCGAGAGCAUCAUAUGAGGAGAGGACAGGGAGAGACAAAGUGUUUUAUUCAUUCCAAUGUAUUCUGUGACUUUCUGUUAUGUGGGGUCCUAUAUUUAUUGAGUACUAUGUGUCAUUUUGAUUUACUUUACUUGUAACAUGCUUCUGUAAAAAACGCAAAGCCAGCCAUUAAACACAGAAUUUUGUAUUUCCUUGAAGGGGGGAAAUUUCAUAAAAUAAACAUGCAGAUAAAACACGACACUAACAUAAUAACCUUCUGUUAUAAAGG